AUGGAGGGACAGGAGAAGAGGAAGAAGAGAGUUUUGAUUGUGGGAGCUGGUGCUGCUGGCAUGUCCUGCGCCCACCAUCUCGCCAAUCAUCCCGAUCAAUUCGACAUCACCCUCGUCGACGCCGUCGACUACUGUGGUGGCCAGGCCUACGCCAUUCCGAUCGACAAGGAAAAGACAGGAGCAUCAUGGCUCAAUCAGGGAGUCCAGGGAGGCUCGUACAUCUUCCACCACACCAUGACCAUGUUCGCUCGCAAUGGCUUUCGUGCGGAUCCCGUCAAGUUGCAGGUCUCCUUCGGCAAGGGCGAGCAGUUUUGGAGCAAUGUAUACCCGACAAAGAUGUUGAAGAAGCAUGCCAAGGAGGUUCAGCGAUUCUUCAAGAUGUUGAAGAUCGUUCGCAUGUUUGAGAUAUUCUUCGCUUUGAUGCCCAUCAAGGUUUUGGUCAAAUUGUUCCGGUUUUCGGAGGAGUUUGCCAACGUGGUGGCACUGCCCAUGAUCGCUCUCUUCCUCGGAACUGGAAACUAUACACCAGAAGUGCCUACGAUGGUGCUGGAGAGACUGUGCACAAGUCCUACUUACGGCAUGUGGUACCCUCCAGACAAGAACAGCAUUGCGUCGAAUCUGCCUCCCAUGAUUGUGUUUCCCAACCUGUCCGAAUUCUACCAAACCUGGAAGGACAACCUCAUCAAGAAGGGCGUCAACAUCCGUCUCUCCACCGAAGUCACCCAAGUCGUCAAGCGAGACUCCACCGGCGUCGUCGUCAAAGUCAUCCCUCGCACGAAAGUCGAAGACGGCCACAACCCCAACUCCGCCUGGACCGGCGCGACACCCCACGCCGACGCCUCCGCCCAGGAAACCACCGAAGAAUACGACGAAAUCGUCCUCUGCGUCCUCACCGACACAGCCAAACGCCUCCUCAAACCCACCAUCACCAGCCUCGAAUCCCGCAUCCUCGGCUCCGCCAAAUUCGCCAACGACAUUACCGUCACCCACCAAGACACCGCUUACAUGAAAAAGUACUACGAAAACUUCUACGACCCUUCCCUCGCCGUCGACGAGAUCAACUCCCAAGACAUGUCCGACCGCACCUCUUGGGCCAAAGAAAACUUCAAAGCAAUGUACCUCAUCCGCAUGUACCAGCAAGACCUCACCAAACUGGAAAUGUGCUUCGACUGCACGAAUUACCAGUCCCAAUUUCCGCCUGAAGUCCCUUUUGAAAACCACGUGUUCCAGACUAUCUUCCUCAACAACGACCGCGACUCCCACCUCUGGACGAGAGACGAAAUCGACAAGUCGAAAAUCAUCCGCGAGGACUGGUGGCAUCAACUCUGCCAUUCCUGGACGCACUACCUCUUCGUCGUGCCCUGGAUGUGGCUGCUGCAAGGAAAACGACACACCCGCUACGCGGCAUCCUGGACGCUCGUCAAUGCCCACGAGGUGGCGUGUAUAUCGGGUAUUUCCGCGGCGGUGAGUCUGGGCGCGACGUAUCCCGAGGACUUGGAGAGGGAUAAGUUUGCGUUUUUGGCUUUCAGGUUGUAUUAUCUGCUUUGCCAUGGGAAGUGGUAUAGUCGACGGGCAACGAAGGGUGGCAAGGGGGAGGGUGAAGGGAAGGAGUGGGCGCAGGGGAAUGAGUAUGGGAGUACGUAUGCGGGGCCGGGUGUGCAGACGAAGAGGGAGAGGGAGUUGUGGAGGGAUGAGGUGAAGAAGGGGAGGAGUUUGGAGGGGUUUUAG